UGCUUGGCUGCGUCUUUCUCUUCACAACAAUCCUUUAAUCCCGGGUCUGCCGAUCAACCAACAUCGACCCUCGAACGGCAUCCAAGUCAACGAAAACGAGCCACCUCUGACAUCGCAACCGUCUUCACCGACUUUUACCCAUAAACACAACACACACACACAUUGCGACAAUGGAGACUCCGGCAAUGCCCAUGCCGAAAGAUGAGCGGGAACAAGCUAUUCUCGACAAGCUCUCAGCCAUCCGCGACCAGCUGCUGCUUCUCAAGAGAGACCGAACAAAAUACAUCCGCACUCAAGAUGUAAUAGUACACUAUGAUGAGGUUGUCGAGCAGGUCAAGGAGCUCAACGAGAUCAGGAAAGGGGAGAAGGUGACCGAGACCAGAGUCGACAGAGUCCUCGAAAGCUGCCUGCAGCUCCUCUCCCUCUUCUUUAUGACGAUCGGCCGCACACAAGAAGCCCCCGCGGCCUACGCAUUGACCUCGACCAUCAAGCGAUUACUCGACCACCUGACCGAGGCCGACCUCUACUCAGCCAAGGACCUGAACAGCAUGGCCCACACCCUCUCGCAGCUCGACAAGGUCAUGACGGCCACGAACCCCUCCCACUCGCCCUACAUUGUUGAGCUUCUGGCCAACCGGCUGGAGCUCUGCCACAGCUCGCUGGCCAACCUGAAGAAGAGGGUGGACGAGCUGCAGGAUCCGCUACAGAGCAUGCAUGAGAGGCUGAUUUCCAUACUACGGUCCAUGUCACUUGCGAACACCAAGGCGAAGUUCUCGACAUCGGAGGUCCAGAGGCUACAAGCGCAGGUCAAGGAGAUUGACGAGUCGAGGGUGGAUGGCAACUUUGUUGGGCCAGACGGUGAGGUUCUUCGCGGUAGCGAGAGGGUGUCGCACUUGGUGGAUGUCUGCCUUAAGUGGUCGGAGAUCGUUCUCGAGAGGAAAGGAGUUAUCCCCGAAGCCUUCAAGUCCAGGCACGAGCAGCUCGUCAGCAUCCGCAACGAGCUCGAGAAGCUCUCCAUCACCCAGGCCUGGUCUUUGCGCGAGACGGACCUGUACGACUUCCAGCGCAAGCUCGACCAGAUCGAUGAGAGCCGAGUCGAUGGCAACUGGCUGGACGACGAAGGAAAGCCCGCCGAGCUGUACGUCCAGCGCACGCUGCUGUACCUCAUCAGGAGGAGCUAUGGCUACAUUUACUACCUGAUGAUCUCGUCGGAGCCGGUGUCGGAAGCCCUGCUGCCCAUCUAUAACCAGCUGCAGACGCUGAAGCGGUGCUUGAUCGAAGUGAAGGACUCCGGUGGUGUCAGCUCGGUUAGGGAGCUGUAUCCUUAUAGCAUGAAGCUUAACUCCAUCGACAACAUGCGCGUCGAUGGCAAGUUCAUGGUCGGCGGCGAUAUACCCGAGGGCCAAGGGAGCGUUAGCGCCUUGCUGGCUGAGUGCUACGAUCUUAGCUACGAGUUGAAGGUGAUGGCUGAAGAGAUGGAGGGAGGGGAGAAGGACAGCUCGUCGUAAUCAACCUGGGGCGAGAUUUACAUUGAUAUAGACUUGGGGGGCUUUACGGCAUUUGGUAUUCGGCGGUGGCAGUAGCAGUGCUACUGAUAGUGGUUGUGGUUCUUUUCCUUCUAUCUAGCGGAGUUUGCUUUUACUUAUGCAUCAGGGAAUAUUGAAUCGAUGGGGUUCACUAUAUCAUUAUUUGAGUUGCUUUCAUUCAGGG